AUGGAAACCUUUCCCCGCAGCACGCUGCUCGAACCCGCGCAAUCGCUCUGCAACGCGUUCGCCUCGUCGGCGUCGCUGCCCACGCUGCUAUCGCAUUUCACCUCGAACCCGCUCCCCGUCGUGCACGAGCACGGGCUCAAGGGCCUCGCCCCGUUUCUCGGACGGAGUUUCACAGGAAUAGACGGGGUAGCGCGGUACUUUGAGCUGAUCGGACAACUGCUCGAGAUCCAAGACAUCCGCUUCGACGCUCUAGACGACUGGGUGGUUGAUCCGGGCUCCUUGGUGGUCAUGUUACGCGGGUACGCGAGGUUCAAGUGGCGGGAGACAGGACAGACGUGGGAUGAAACGGUGUGUUAUCGGAUCGGCCUUGCUGAGGAAAUCCUUAAAGUACAGGAGUAUCGCGUGUGGGCGGAUACCGGGGCGGCCUAUCUGGCUCGGGUGGGGAGAUUGGAGGAGGUGCAGGAGAAGGAGGCCCAGACGAGGAAGGAGAUCGAUAGACGGAAGAGCGGGUGUGGGGAUGUAAUUGGGGGGGGGUUGAAGUAUUACGGGGGAUGCAAAUAG